AUGUUUUGGUAAUCGAGGCCUGUCACUUACAAUAACUAAAGGACUUUUGAGAGCAACUUCUACCUAGUGUAGCAAGAUGUGCCUCAAUUCCCUAGUAAUUUCAUAAAGACAAGCAGAUAUAACUUGGUAACAUUCCUACCAUUCUCUUUGUUACUUCAAUUUACUAGAUAUGCUAACAUUUACUUUUUAUGCAUUGCCAUUAUCCAAUGCAUCCCAAUCUUAUCAACUUUGAAUCCCUUUAGUGCCAUAGCUCCAUUAGUCUUCGUCUUGGGACUUUCAAUGUGUCGAGAAGGAUGGGAAGAUUAUGGCCGGCACGUAUCAGACAACGAGGUGAAUUCCACAGACUGUUUUGUUAUAAAAGACAGGAGGGUUACAAAGACUACUUGGGCAGAUAUUUAAGUAGGUGACUAUGUGUACGUAAGACAGGACGAGAGUUUCCCUGCAGAUUUGAUAGUCUUGGGCAGUGAGAAGGAGAGUGGAGCAUGUUAUAUUGAGACAUCAUCUUUGGAUGGUGAAAAGAAUCUAAAACCUAAGAGUGCCAUCCUGGAUAGUUAACAAAUGUAUCAGUCUUUGGAUACAUUCAAUGACCAGAUCGUUAAGGUGGUGGCAGAAACUCCAUCCCAAUCAUUAUAUGAAUUCGAUGCUUAAUUGCAUUUGCCCAUCAACUCAGAAUUCAAGAAAUUCCAAUUGACUGCUAAAUAACUCCUCCUUCGAGGGGCAUAAUUAAGAAACACAAGUUGGAUAAUAGGCAUAGUAGUCUACACCGGAUAAGAUAGCAAGAUCAUGAGGAAUGCUGAUGCAUCAAGAGUUAAGUCAAGUGAAAUCGAGAGAACAAUGAAUAUCCUCAUCCUCGGAAUCCUCUGUGUUCAAAUCACUCUAAGUAUCAUAUCAUGCUCGUUUUCUUCUGUUUGGCUAACCAAAUUUGGAGUUGACUCCUUUUAUUUGGAUUACACAAAUGAUUCCCUCAAUCCGUCAUUGUUUUCCUUCUAUGUGUUCUUUAGUUAUAUACUAUUAUAUAACACAAUGAUACCAAUAUCAUUAAUAGUUUCAUUAGAAUUUGUGAAGGUGUUCUAGUCAUACUUUAUGGAGAUGGACGUGGAGAUGUAUGUCUAAUAAAGAAAUAAAUUUUGUAAGGUUCAGACUACUACUAUCAAUGAAGAGUUGGGUCAGGUUGAGUAUAUAUUUUCUGAUAAGACUGGAACCUUGACUUGCAAUCAGAUGGAAUUCAAAUAUUCUGUAAUAGGAAAUUCCCUCUAUGGCAAGGAACCACCAAAUCAAUCAGCUAAGACUGAGAUAAUGUUGUAAAACAUUUUGCCCUUGUAAAACAAAUUGCAAAUUCAUCCUAUGGAAGGAAUUCAAGGUCAUUCUAUGACGAAUUUCAACUUCUAUGAUGAGGAAUUGAUCAAUAUCAUUGACGGUGGGAAUAGCAAGACUACUGCAAGUGUGAAUCUAACCAUAAAGUCUAAAGAUAACAAAUCUUAGAUAACAAUCAAUAAUUAGAAGGAGUUAGUUGAUUACUAUUUCUUUUUAUUGAGUUCAGCUCAUGAAUGCAUAAUCCAAUAUGAUUAAGAUAAGAAUACUUCCUAUUAGGGACCGUCUCCAGAUGAAAUUACUUUGGUUGAUGCAGCUGCGAGAAUGGGUUACAAAUUCACAGGAGCCUCAGCAAGUGAAUAGAAUUUCAUGAUCUUGAAUUAGCCAAGAAAGGUGAAAUUGUUGAAAUCAUUCGAAUUCGAUUCAAUCAGAAAGAGAAUGAGUGUAAUCAUUAAGGAUGAAAAAGGAAUAAUAAAAUUACUCAUUAAAGGAGCAGACAGUAUAAUAAAAAGUCGAUUGAGUAACGAAUAGAAGUUCUUGGAUAAAACUAUAGAAUGGUUGGAAGAGUUCUCAAGGAUUGGAUUGAGAUGCUUAUUAAUGGCUACCAGAGUACUGUCAGAAGAUGAGUACAAGAAAUUCGAUAACGAAUAUAAUAAUUUACCUGAAGGAGAACAAAGACAAAUUGAACUUAAUAGAAUUACCGAUGAGUUGGAAAGAGAUCUCACUUUGAUUGGUGCCACUGCUGUCGAAGAUAAAUUACAAAGUCAAGUGCCAGAAACUAUAGCCGAUCUACUCAAGGCUAACAUUAAGGUUUGGAUGCUUACUGGCGAUAAAUUGGAGACUGCUGAAAACAUAGCCAAGAGUUGUAAAUUAAUAUAAGGAGAUUUCACAGUUAUGAGAUUGUCUGAAUUCACUGAACCAGAUUGUUUGGACAAAUUAAAAGACAUCCAAGACACAUACGAUUUGUGCAUCAAGGAAAAUAGAAAGAAAUCAAUUGUAAUCGAAGGACAAUCUUUGGAUUUUAUUUUAAAUUCAAACGAUAUGGCAUCUUCCUUUGUCUAAAUGGCCAAAGAUUGUGAGUCUAUUGUGUGUUGUAGAGUUACUCCCAAAUAAAAAGCCGAUGUGGUCAGAUUGAUCAAGGAUAGACUGAAUAAGAUCACUUUGGCCAUAGGAGAUGGAGCCAAUGAUGUAAAUAUGAUCUAGGCUGCUCAUAUUGGAGUUGGAUUGUAUGGAAAUGAAGGAAUGAGAGCUGUUCAGAGUGCUGAUUUUGCCUUGGGAGAAUUUCAAUGCUUAUGGAGACUAUUAUUAGUUCAUGGUCAUUGGAAUUACAUCAGAAUUUCAGAGAUGAUUCUGUACUUCUUCUACAAAAACAUGUUGUUCACUAUCCCUUAGUUCUUCUUUAGUUUCUUUUGUGCCUUUUCAGCCCAGUCUUUUUAUGAUGAUUGGUACAUCACCUUGUAUAAUUUGAUCUUUACUGCACUCCCAUUGAUCAUUCGAGCAACCUUUGAUCAAGACAUCAACUAUAAACAAUACCUGAAUUAUGAUGCAAAUCAAAGAAUCAGAAAUUUUCCAUACCUUUACUAUGUCGGAUAAAAAAAGACUAUUUUUACUAUCCCAUCCUACAUGAUGUGGGCUUUUACUGGAGUAAUCCAUGGGAUGAUCAUAUUCUUCUUCCUAUACUGGAUAAUGGAUUAUGAAGCUCUUAACAUAAAUGGCAUUACUGGAGGAUUAGCACCUUAUUCAUUGACUGUUUACACAGCCAUAAUAUUGGUAGCUGAUUUUUAAAUCAUCAUACAAACUAAAUAUUGGACACUAUUCAAUGUAGUAGCAGUAUCAUUUCUAAGCUUGUUCCUAUAUGGAGGAUAUGUCAUAAUAUCUCAUUAUUGGCCUGGAGAAUUAAUGAUGUACACACCUCUCACUAUAUUAAAAAUGCCAUCGUUCUGGCUGUGUCAAUUCUUGAUCUUAGUGAUUGUUGGUGCCAUGGAAGCAUUUAGAUCUGAAUUCAAUAGAUAAUACUUUUUGGAAACUGCUGAUGAAAUUUUAGUGAAGACUAAACAAUUUACAUUUACAUUAAAUGAAUGGCUGAGCAAACAGAAAAAAGUGGCCAGACAGGAUAGCUUCUGGGCUGAAAUCUACAAGGAAGAUGAAUAAGAACAAGUCAUACAAUUUGAAGAAACAAUCAAAGAUGCCAAUCAAAUUCCAAAUCAAUGAAUAAUAUAUAUGAAUCAAAAUGUUUAUUCAUAGAAUACUCGUCCU